CUGAUUUCCACGGAGUUUGAAGCUGCGGCGGCGCGGCCGGUUGAGGUCGGGCUCGGCCCGGCCCGCGACGGCUGGCCGCCGACGAGCGCGCUCGCGCUGCUCGUCAAGAUGGCGGCGGUGGCGAGUGCGGCGACAAAAGUUCAGGCGUACAGCGCUCAGGCGCCUGUCGUCUUUCGUUGUCGCAUUUCGCACACGCGCGCGCCGCGCGACCCGCCCAAAAGCUGCUCGCUCGAACCGCGGCCGACUCUACCAUCGCGGCCGCAGCUGUUGAGCUCUCCAGAAGACUGGUGCCUCAUAUGCUGCCUCCCUGCGGAUGCUGCCGGCGAGCCUGGCGGUCCGCUGUACUACAAGGAAGUGCUGACUCGAUUCCACCUCGAAUUCUUCUACCCCCACGACUCGGAACACGAAUCCAUGAAGUACAGCGAUCGCCAACUCGCUGGCCUCUCCGCAGGCCCCCCCGACCGCGUCGAACUCAUCGGCGCGGGCUCUCUCGGCUACGGGACCGGACCCAGCUUCGGCUGAGGGCUAACAAGCUGCCGAGCCCCAAUCACUGUGAGAGUCGUGAUUUCUUGUUGGUUAAUAAAAAUCUCUCUCUCUC